AUGAAAAUGAAUGAAUAUAAAAAGGAUGAAAAAAUUACAACUACUAAUAAUAAUCAAUUAUCUCAAAUUUCAAAUAAUACUACUACUAAUACAACUACUAAUACAAUUAGUUCACUUUCGAAUAAGAAAAUAAAUUCAUCCUCAUCUAACAAUUUAACCUAUGAUAAUGAUACAGAAAGUUCAAUUGAGGAAGGUAUUUACAGUAGAGAUUCAUCAAAGCCUAGAGUUUUUUUAGGUGAUGGCGGAUUUUUUGUAUCAACUCGUGGUUGUGUUAUUAAUAAUUCAAUUGUAAUAAUUUUGGCGGUAGAAGCUAUUUUCUACAUUGUAGUGGAAAUUGUAUUCCUAGUAUUGAGUUUUAUUACACCGAGAGAUACUUGGUUUAUUAAGAGAGAAACAUUGGUUUUAAUUACUUUACAAUUUUUAGCAAUUAUUUUAUUUGCAAUUUGUGGAUUUUUAGAUGCUAUUGCUAAUUUUACAGAUUAUUUUGUUCCAUUUGGAUUUGUUUUAAUGACCUAUUCAUUUGUGGAAGUUAUUGUUUGUGUUUUAUUUCCAAUUUUAGUAUAUUCUAAUGGGAAAAUUAAAAAUGGAAAGGAUUCUGAAUUGGAACAAUUUUUAAUGAAUAAGAGAACUUUUACAAUUUUACUUGAUUUUGCAAGAAGAAGUUAUUGUCCAGAAUCAGUAUUAUGUUAUAGAGAUAUAGAAAGAUAUAAAUUAACAAGUAAAAAGAAUAGAAAGAAAGCAGCAUUAAAAAUUACAAAAACCUAUUUAAAAACAGGUUCACCAUUAGAAUUAAAUUUUCCAAAAUUGAAUCAAACAUUUGAAGAAUAUUCACAAAUAAUUAAUAAUUCCAAUAAUAAUCAAUCAUUAUUAGAAACUAGUUUAUUUGAAUCAAUUCAAUUACAUUGUCUAGAUGAUAUGAGAGAUGUAUUCGAUCGAUUGAAAAAUCAAAGUAAGGAAACUAGAAAUAUUUUAGAACAAUGGAAAUUACAACAACAAUUAAAGGAAAUGGAUGAUAUUAAUAUUAAUAUGAAUAAUAAUAAUAGUACUACUAUUACAAUGCAACAACAAUUUGAAGAUGACUCAUAUUUACCAAAUGUAGAAUCAAUUGAUUUAUCAAAUAUUAAUAAUAAUCAAAAUAUAUUUAAAAUAAUAUUACCAAUUGGAGUAUUUGAAAUUGAUAAUUUAACAAUAUGA